AUGAAGUUGUUUUGGCUACUGAUCGCAGUCUUGGCUCUCGCUGCUGCUGAUGACAGCAGAGCCGCGUCAGACGUCGAGGGACGCACCAGGACUUCUGGGGAUGGAAAGCAACAGGGCAGAUUCUUUGGAGGGUUGGGAGGCUUGAGUCCUGUUGGAGGUGUUGGAGGCUUCGGUCCUGUUGGCGGUAUUGGCGGUAUCAGUCCUGUUGGGGGAUUUGGAGUUAACCCAGUACUAGGAGGAGGAUUUGGAGCAAAUCCUGCCUUGGGAGGAUUUGGUGUGAAUCCUAUUCAUGGAGGAGGAUUGGGCAUUGGGCCUGGCAUUGGAGGCAUCGUGAGUCCUGUGGCUCCUCCCUCCACAUGCCGCUACUGGUGCAGGACACCCGAGGGUCAGGCCUACUGCUGUGAGAACAUCAACCAGCCACAGAGUGCUGCUGGUGUAGUCAAACCGGGAUUCUGUCCCCCCGUUCGCCCAGUGUGUCCUCUUAGGAGCUUCCAGCCACCUUUCACUUGCUCUAACGACGGCGCUUGCGGAGGCAUCGACAAGUGCUGCUUCGACAGAUGUCUCGGCGAGCACGUGUGCAAGGCUCCUCUGGGCAUUGGGCGAUAA